GGGAGAGAGGAAAGGGGGCAGAUCCUGUCACUGAUGAGGUCAUGGUACAUGCACUUGGUUGCCUCUUGAAAAGGAGGAGCCAGCUGCAGGCCCCUGACUUCAGAAGCAAAGAGGAAGCUUCUAUGGUUGCAACUUGGGGGCUGCCGUUGAAGCAGGCACCAUCUCAACAUGCCCCUCGUCCCGGCACUCUUUGAGCUGGCUUUGCUGCUGCAGCUGCUACAAGGGUCUUUUCAAGAAGCUCCCAUUGAAAACGUAACUGUAGUGGAGGGGGGGAAAUUGGAUCUACGCUGCCCUGUUGCUGGAGACAUCGGAUCUGCCGUGGAGUGGAAGAACCCAUGUGGGUUUGUGAUUUUCUUCAGGAACACCCAGCGAGGAAUAAGAGAUCCAAGGUAUACACUUGUCCAACAUUCAGCGGCUGAAUUCUCUGUCCGUCUCUCCAACGUCAUGGUGCACGAUGAAGGAGUCUAUACAUGCCUCCGCUACACGACGCCAACCAGAAGAAAGCAGGUGAUCGUCAAUGUCUUAGCUGCUCCUUCCAGACCUCUGCUGGAAGCAUCAAGGGUCAGAGUUCACAAUCCAGAGGAAAAGAUGGUGUUAAGGUGCUCCACCUGGGGUGCUAAACCCCCUCCUCAAAUUACGUGGUUGCUGGACAAUGGGAUGGAACUCUUCGGUGAUGCUAAACAUCAGCUGGAAGGGAAGAAAUGGAAUUCAACCAGCACCCUCACAGUCCACACCUACACCCAGAAGUCUGCUGUUACUUGUGUUAUUCGUCACAAAGCUCUCGGAGGAGGAAAUUUAACAGCAAAUUUACACCUUGGGCACAACGAGCCUACCACAGACUUCACCCCAACAACACUUCCAGUUAGUACGAUAACUCCAGAAAACCUUCCCCAUUAUAAAGGGCCAGGCAAAGCAUUAAAUAUUACAGAAGGAAGCCCUGGAACGCAAACCCCACACACAAGCGCCGCAGCAGCAACUCUGAAUUCUAAUGCUACCAACGGCUCAGAAAAAAUACUAAAUGUGACAGAAGAAAACCUUAGUAUACCAACUCUGUCUCCAACUGGAGGAGCAGCAACCCUGAAUUCUUAUCCCACUAAAGGAUCAGAUACAAUAUUCAAUGUAACAGAAGGAAAUUCUAGUACACAAACACCGUAUCCAGGUUCUGACACUGCAACUAUGAAUUCUCAAGGAACAAUUGCAACAAAUCUUACGCAUGAAGGAAUCGUGAAACGAGCGAGCCUUUUGCUUCCCAUACUUGUGACGGUGUUACUUUCUGCUCUCUUCAUUGUUGUCCUGCUUUUUGUGGUGAAACUGUGGAAGGCACACAGAGAAUGGAAGAAAGAAAAUGAAGUUUCGGAUCAGACGCUUGAAAGUAACAAAUCUCGGCCAAAUGAAGACAACCAUUUGGAGAAGAAUAGAAAUGUUAUCCCUUGGAAGAUCAGUAAGAAAUAUGUAAUUGGAGGAUCGUGCACAAGGACAACAAAGAAUUCAGAGGGGAGUCAAGAUUCAUCAGUCUUUGAAAAACAUUCGCCUUCCGUUAAGGAAACUGACCUGUGAGCAUCACUCCCUAUUGACAAUAUUGGACUAUGUACAAUGGCGCAGGACGGCAUUCACUUUAUUUAGCCUGUGGCUAAAUAUUCACCUUUCUGUGAAAAACCCUUCAAAAUCAACAUUUUCAACAGGAUUUCAAACCAGCGGAAACAACUGGUUCAUAAACGUGUGGGGUUCAAGCUGGGCUAAUUGUGUUGUAAAUAAAAAGACAACCAUACUGCAAAAGCUGUUGACAAUCUGCAAGUUGUAUAUGUUAUGAUUCAGCCAGCAUCUCAAUAAAUACAAUACUUAG